AUGGAGGGUACAUCCCGCCAGACAUCGAGACUCCUCCGGAUUCGAGGUGCUAACCUCCUUCCCCAGCAGCGCCGCCUUGCCCGACCAGUCGCCGCGCUAUGCAUGACCCCAACACAGUGUCGAGCGGUCUCGAAUUCUCCACGGAAUCUUGCCCCAGAGUCCCUCUUCAGUAACUUUGCUGCCGCGAGCGGCGCGCAGGGAUCCAGCCUUGGUCCCACCACCUACUUCACAAACCGCCAGACUCUCCCCGCCAACACUGUCGUACGGUUCGUUCCGCAGCAGACAGCCUGGAUUGUUGAGCGAAUGGGCAAGUUCCACCGGAUCUUGGAGCCGGGUCUUGCUAUUCUUAUUCCAUUUGUGGAUCGCAUCGCGUAUGUGAGGAGCUUGAAGGAAUCGGCUAUUGAGAUUCCGAGCCAGAAUGCUAUUACGGCGGAUAACGUUACCUUGGAGUUGGACGGUGUGCUGUACACAAGGGUCUUCGAUGCUUAUAAAGCUAGCUACGGCGUCGAGGAUGCGGAAUAUGCCAUCUCCCAGCUGGCGCAGACGACAAUGCGAUCCGAAAUCGGCCAGCUUACUCUGGACCACGUUCUGAAGGAGCGCGCCACCCUUAACACCAACAUCACACAAGCCAUCAACGAGGCUGCACAGGACUGGGGCGUCGUCUGCCUGCGUUACGAGAUCAGGGACAUUCAUGCGCCGGACGGCGUUGUGGCAGCCAUGCACCGCCAGGUCACGGCUGAGCGGUCGAAGCGAGCGGAGAUCCUCGAAUCCGAGGGUCAGCGCCAGAGCGCAAUCAACAUCGCUGAGGGUCGCAAGCAGUCCGUGAUUCUUGCAUCCGAGGCGCUGCGUGCCGAGCAGAUUAACCGCGCUUCUGGUGAGGCCGAGGCCAUCCAGCUCAAGGCUCAUGCCACGGCCCGCGGAAUCGAGGCUGUUGCCCGAGCCAUCCAGGAGGGCCAGGAAAGUGCCCAGGGUGCCCUCAGCCUGCGCGUGGCUGAGCAGUACGUCGAUGCUUUCUCCAAACUGGCCCGUGAGGGCACCGCGGUGGUGGUCCCGGGUAAUGUCGGUGACAUGGGUGGCAUGAUUGCCUCGGCCAUGUCGGUUUAUGGCAAGAUCAGCGAGACCCAGGCGAAGAGCUUUGCUGCCAAGGCCCUCGGCGAGGAGACUGCUCAUGCUACUAGCAAGUCCCAUCAGUCCGAUGUUGACGAUAUCGAGUCCGCCGAUAAGGUUCACCAAAAUGAUGUUGCGCAGAGCGUGCUGGACGGAUUCGAUCAGACCAGCAAGCAGAAUUAA